GGCCAAUAGCGACCCCGUUGCCAUGGUCACGUACCGCCCAUGCGCCGCGCGCUUCCCGCGGGUAGGCAUCUGUGAGGGGACCGGCGGGACCGGCGUCUAUGAGGGGACCGGCGGCCAUGGAGGAGGCUGGGGGCGGCGGGGCUCUCAGCGGCGCCGAGAAGGAGAAGCUGAGGGAGAAGCUGGCCCUGCUGAGGAGGGAGUACAGCGAGACCGUCAGCCGGCUGCGGAUCCUAGAGAUAACACGUCUCCUAGUGCUGACAAACAUGAAACCUCUCAGUUACAGACUAAAACCUGUUCUGAUCCUGAUGCAGAGAAGAAAGCAUCUAUCACAUUUAAACACGUUCCUGAAUUCUCCAGUAAUGAAGUUAGCCUGCAGGACAGCUCACAGGCAGCCAGCCUACAGGCUAGCCGGGAAAACCUGUGCUGUGGAAUCGUUAGGCCUGCCCCUGUGGAGAAAAAAACCCAAACCUCCAGAAGCUUGAUGAAGUUGAGGAGGCGGACGAAGGCUCUGGUAUCGGAGGAAAAGGUAUCAGUGCAUGAUGUGCAUCGAAUCAACACUGAUGAAAUGGUGAAAAAUAAAGUUGCCGUCACAGACGAACUUCGGUCACCAGUCUUCAGGCGAAGCAGUCCUUUGAACGGUGAGGAAAACACUCAGAGCGUACCCAGACCAGCACUGGUACAGAGAGAAGAAAACAGUUUCGCUCCUCCUGAUGCAGUGUUAGGGGUCGUACAAGAGGUGCUUGAAGACAGUGUCCCUCCAGGAGUGCCGGAGCUGUUCUCCUGUGCGCUGAAGGACAGCUGCGAUGCCUGGCAGCCUGAGUCCCCAGGUGUUGUGGCCACAGCUGAUGACCGUGAGCCUGCACGGACGUGUUCAGAGAGCGAUGACUCUGUUUUACUUGACACCAGUGGUGAGAGAGGAAAAGAAUCCUCCGGUACAGUAAAACAAACAGAUGGUGAGAGUAUGCGUGAAGAUCGUGGAGAAUUACAUAGGCUCUUAGAUUUAAUGUCAGAAAAUGAAGUAUUGCCUGCUGAUGGAAAUAGCAUUAUAACUGAUGAGAGCAAAAGCCAUGAAGGAGCUCAAAGUGACACUAAUACCUUAAAUCCCUUUCCUACAGAUCUUGUUCCGGGCAAUGCCAAAGAACCGUUGGAGAAUCAACAACUUGAAAUUCAGUCAAGACUUUCUCAUCCAGAAAAGGUGACAGCUCCUGAAAGUGCACUGAACUCUUGCACAGUGGUUGAGGGGCUUCUCUUUCCGGUUGAAUACUACGUCAGGACAACUCGACGCAUGUCUAAUUGCCAGAGGAAAGUGGACCUUGAUGCUGUAAUUCUCAGCCAGCUGGGCAGAAGCAAGAAAGGUCAGCGAAGUAAAUGCAAGCAGAAAGAUGCAAAUUCGGAUCGGCCCUCCCAAGAAAGAGCUGAAAAUGAUUUGGAGUCAGGGGUCGUGCCGUUCCCUUUUCUUGGUGUGGAAAACGAUCCAGCAAACUCAGGUAGUCCUCAGAAAUCUCUUCCUGCGUCCAGUGGUAGCAGCACUUCACUCGGAUCGAUUUCUCAGGACAGUAUCCCUCGCACAAAGCGAGAUCGGAGGCGAUCACAGAGGAGACAAAAGGGGAGAGGAACGUCUACCUGCAAACCCCCCAUACAUCAAGUGUCACAGGAACUUAUAGAGAGUUUGGAUCUCAUACCAAUGGGGGAAAGCAGUAGCCUGCUGUCAAAUGAGUGUCAGAGUGAAAAGGAAAACUGUGAGGCUAAUCUUGAAAAAUCAUCUUCAGAUGAGAGAAGAUCAUCUGCUGCUGCUGCUCUAGGGUCUGGAGAGGCAGAAGUGACUGGCGCUAUACAGCCAACGAGCGCUGAUCCUCCUCCCAGAGGAAGCCAAGCAUUCGGCAAAUGCCAUAAGACUCUGUUAGAACAGGUUCAAAAUCCACUUGAGAGCAGUGAUUCUCUGAACCCUGGGGGUGAAACCUUUGCCAGUCAUAUAGGAGAUCUGGAAGCCAACCUAACUGUGUAUCAGGCUGAUAGACAUCCAGUGGAGCAUGCUAAGAAUGAGCACGUGCAAGGAGCCUGUAGGUCUGAGCAGCUCCUAGCGAUUAACGUCCCUCUGCGCCGCUCCCUGCGCUCCUCGGCAAGACAGCGAGCCAGCCCAGUCUCAACAGGUGAGAGCAAAAGAGGACAUAGCUAUCCAAAGGCUUCAGGGGGUCCUGCUUCUCUUGGCCUCCCUGCUAAGGAUCCUGAUACUUGUGGCUCUCUCUUCUCCUUCCGCAGUCCCCAGUGGCUGGCCUCCAGACUGGGUAUCAGAGACUUUCACUUACCAGAUGAGGAAUUUGGACCAUUAAAACUUGAGAAAUUAGAAUCCUCUCCUGUGAAUGACCUGGAGGUUUUUGUUCCUAGUGUGUUUGGAGAUGGGGUGGCUUCAGAGGACACACAAGAUGCACAAAUGAAUCCAGAAGAAAAAAGUCUCAAAAGUAAUUUGAGUUUGCCUUUCAAAAAUGGAUUGCCCAAGUUACCUCACUUAGAAAGCCACACUUCCAAGGAGGAACUUUCCACCCAUGAGUUGCUCUUUACUCCUGUGGGGACUAUCUUAGCUGCUGCCCCCACCGAGCCCGAGUCACAGAUUUCCUCAUCCAUUUUCCCUGUCGUGGGUGCAACCCCAGCUGUUUUACCCUCCGUACGCAGUGGGGUCUGCCCCAAAACACCUUCUGCGCCUCCCUCAGAAGCCAGCCUGCGUUCCUCCAAAGGUGCAUCUGCCCAGGUAGUAGGUGAUGGGGAAGGCAAAGACUCUGCCAUUCCACCACACUUGGACAGCUGCGGUGCAGGAUCUGCCAGAAAAGAGGAGGAACAAAGUACAACGUUUCCUUUAGAAGCUGAAAGAGGUCCUCAUAAUAAAUCUGAUGAGGCUGUGGCCUUGGAGAAGCAUCAGCGGUCAGAGAGCAAACAGCAGAGAUCCUGCAGAGCUUCUCCUGAACAGAAAAAAGAUGUAGCAGAACAGUUGACUCCACUACCGCUUGAUGGCCUGAGAGAAGAGAGCUUACAGCUUCUAUCAAAGCUAAAGGAUUCUUCAAGUUCCUGCGCUGUGGAUGUGAGCACCAUGUGGUGGGAGGUGGCUGGCAGCAGAGAGCUGUGCGUGGUGACGGCUUGUGAGAGUUCCGUCUCCCUCUGGAAACCUCUGGCGUCUGACCGCUGGGGAAAGGUCUAUACGUGGCAGCUCAGAGAGAUUCCUGUAAUACAGAUCGUUCCUCUGCCGGACACCUGCAACCUUGUGUGUAUAGCGUUGGGAGAUUUGGAGAUUGGAGAAAUAAGGCUCUUGCUUUAUUCUUCUGAGAAUGACUCAUUCAAGCAAUCACUAGUAAAAACUGGAAAUAUAAAAGCUGUCCUUGGGCUAAAGGGUAGGAGGCUGGUCAGCAGCAGCAGGACCGUGCAGGAGCAGCAAGUGGAAAUGGUAUCGCUUUCAGAGGCGGGAAGGAGCAAGGAAGGACAGACUUUGAUGCCCCCUGAAGAAACUGUUCUAGCUUUCGCUGAAGUAGAAGGAAUGAGAGACGCCCUGGUCGGCACCACUGCGGUGAACAGCGUUGUUAUUUGGAAUUUGAAGACAGGCCAGCUCCUGAAGAAGAUGCACGUUGGUUAUUCCUACCCAGCUUCCAUCUGCCAUCGAGCGUAUUCCGACUCUGGCCUUCUGUUUGUUGUUUUAAGUCAUCCACACGCCAAAGAGAGCGAGUCCUGUGGAAACCCCGCGUUCCGCGUGAUCGCGUUCAACCCCAAAACAGCCAGGAGCACCGGAGUGAUGUUCUCCUCCCUCCCCGCUGGGCACGCUGGAAGGUACCUGGAGGGUGACGUGACGGGCGCGGCAGCGGUGGCGGUGCUGACGUCGGGAGCCGUGGCAGUGUGGGACCUGCUGCUGGGGCGGUGCACGGCCCUGCUGCCCCCCAGCCCAGCCGGGAGGUGGGCGCUGGCCCGCUGGGCUCCCACCGGUGCCUGCCUGCUGACUGGGCAGUGUGAUGGCACCGUCUGCCUCUACCGGUACCGGCAGCCCCAGCCAGGAGUGGCCUGAGGGGGGCUGGGGGUGGCUGGGCUGGACCCCGGUGAGCCGCGUAGGGGCCUGAAGCUUCCCCGGGGGCUCUGGGGUGACUGAGGGGGUGAUGCCAGUGUGUGCUGUGCCAUUAAACCUCUCUGCCUUGCAACGACUGUGGGGCUGCUGCUCUGCUGUGCCCG